GAUUAAUUACAGUUAAAUUCCUCUGCAGUUGGAAAGAUCUGUCCCGAAAACCAAACCGUCCACUCAAAACCUUGUUUUGUUACUACCAUUCUUUAUUUUUUUGUCGAUUUCUGCCAGGAAUAAUUGGAUAUCCACAAGAUGCAAGUGUCGCAGUACCGAGGGGUGCUGUAUCUGCAGUACUUUCUUCUGUUUGUAGACCUUUUCAUCAAUGCAUUCUGUGACCUUCUCAGACUUGACAAUGUCACCCAGCUGGUCCUCUUCAUAAUCCAAGACAUUGCUCAGAUCUUUGCAACCAUUGUCAUCUUUCUCAUGUUCUUCAACACCUACGUCUUUCAGGCAGGGCUGGUCGGCUACCUCGUCGUCAAGUUCAAAUUCACCAUCGUAAUCGUCUUUGUCUAUUUCAUGCUUUGUGUGGGACUGCAUGUUUGGACAAUGACACUACGAUGGAACAAUGUGGAUGCGUAUAUAUGGAACAAUGGAUACCAGGCCUUGUAUGUCUUUCAAAGAGUCGGUGCCGUAUUUUACUACUACUACUACAAGCGCACGGCGUUACGGCUUGGAGAUCCUCGAUUCUACCGCGACUCUAGGUGGCUCCGAGAACAGUUCGACAAAGUCAGAUGAGAAAGGACCUAACUCCCCUCGUCUUCACCCACCAUCUCAGUGUGAUAUAUGUACAGUAUUUAUAACUUUUUGCCACUCAAAUCUUGAUUUGUUUUUGUACUGCGCAAUUGGACUUACAGAUUUUCAUGGAGAGGAAGGAAACCCACCAAGAUACUAUGUUGGUUAUGAUGAAGCACUGAAAAAUUGAGAAAAAUAAUGAAAAGAGUUUGAAGAAUAUCCAUCAAAUAAUAACAGAGUUAUGUAUUUGAAAAAUAUUUGUUUUGGGAAUAUCUCAUGCAAGCAGCUUCCCCCAUUGCCUUUGUCGUAUAAAUUCUAUAAAUUCUGAUAUUGUAGAAGAAAAGUUUGGUGUGCAGAGAGAAACUCCACUUUCUGUAUCUGGGACAAUUUAUCCUGAUAGCAUUGGUAGACAGAAAAUAUUGGAAUAGAUCCUGCAAAGAGUUUGAAGAAAAUCCAUCAAAUAAUAACAGAGUUAUGUAUUUGAAAAAUUUUGUUUUGGGAAUGUCACAUCGCAUGCAAGCAGCUUCCCUCAAUGUCUUUGUCGUAUAAAUUCUAUAAAUUCUGAUAUUGUUGAAGAAAAGUUUGGUGUGCAGAGUGAAACUCCACUUUCUGUAUCUGUGACAGGUGAUCCUGAUAGCAUUGGUAGACAGAAAAUAUUGGAUUAGAUCCUGCAAGGACUACACCCAAUGAGAUGUAAAGGCCACCCCACACCGUACGACUUGUCCAUGAUCCGAUCUUGGAGCAAAUCGCAUUUUUCUAAUUUUCUGAAAAUGUGAAUUAAAGUUGUGCUUUUAUUUUAGGCGCAAAUUAACUGUAAGAAUACUAAUAUCACUAUUUUGGAUUAUUGCAAGCCUUUAUUUUGAAGUAAAGGCCAACUGAGUUUCAAAUCGAAGCCAAUCGUACGAUAAGUAUGACGUAAUUAUGACUAGAUAUUAAAUUUGCUUUUAUUCUAAUACGGAUGAUAGCAUAGUCACAUAUUUGAACAUAGAUAUUCAUACGAUGAUCUAGAACAUUAAGAUAUUCCACGUCUCAACAUUGCCAUCAAAUUCUACAUUUUAUUCCAAAACCGGGUCGCAGUCCAAUCGUAAGGUGUGCAGUGGCCUUAAUGCAUUUCGGAGUGGCUUAUGUACAAAAUCAUGUUAUUUUGUUGAUUUGAAUGUUUUAUUUAAAUCAUGCAAAUAGUUUGUCUAUCAAAAAAAUAAGUGAUAAAAUUAGUUCAAUAUUCAUAAUUUAGCCCUUUGGAAAAGCCAAGAUGUAUUUUGAAUUUGUUUUUUCACUUAAUUUAUUGCUGUCAUCACCGCAUUGCUUUUCUUUAGAAGUUGUUUUCAAUUGAAAUUUGAAUCCAAAAUUAGCUCUUAUUAAAAAAAAAUUUACGCUUUCAGCACAGAUUACAAUUUUGCUGUAACAAGUCCUAGCACACAAAAUGAUCAUAAAAUCAGAUUGCAAAUGCAAUUCAACUUCCCAGUGAUUGUCCGGGAGCUGCUAAUAUUGAUAAGGCGGCAGUAGCAGGAGUACAUCUGGAUCCUGUCUUACAAAGAGUUAUGAUUGAUCCGAUCAAUCGUAACUCUAUGGAAAUCCAUCAGAGUCAUAAUUUUUUUGUAUGAAAUUUGCACAAUGUCCUUCGUAAACAAAGAGAAGCACAGUGAAUUUUCAAGAAAACAAUGAAUACAUGAAUAUGCAUCAUAGCUGGAAAAUAUCUUGAACAAACAUGCAUAAUAGAUGUUGACGUUGCUGGCCAUCCAUAGUUGCGAUUAAUCGGAUCACUCGCAACCAUCUUUGUAAGACAGGCCCAGAAUGGUAUUGUCAAUAUAUCCCUCUUCCUCAAAAUGACUUCAUCUGAACUGAGUUGUGAUUGAUCCGAUCAACCACAACUAUGGAAAGCCAGCAACAGCAACAUCUAUUAAAAUGGCAUGUGUCUUCAAAAUAUUUUCGAGAUGUGAUGAAUAAUCAUACCUUCAUUGAUUUCUUGAAAAUUCAUUUUGCUUCUCUGUUUACAAAGGACGUUAUGCGAAUUUCCUGGAGAAAAAACAAUUACAAAAAGAGUGAACUUUAGGACAAAUAUACUUAUACUGUAAUAAACACAGCAUUUAUUAUGAGCCAUCUAUCUUGCGGACUAUUGCACCUCGGAAUUUCCGAGGUGCAGAUCAGUUCACAUAUGCUUCAAUCUAUGUUAUAAUAAUCACAAUGUGUUAAUCACAAUUAAGAUAGGUGAGUUAAUGAAACUGAUUGGCAUAAGGUUUCUGUAUGAUCUGGUAAAGAGCCAAGUUUUGGUAUCAAUCUAAAAAGGCAUCUGAAAAAACAGAAAUGCAGUUAUGACACCAAUAAUUAAAGUAUAAAGAUAUAAAUACUAGUACGUGAAAAGAGUAUGACUGUUGAAAUUAUUGUAUAACUUAUUUUUUGAAAGACAAACAUGAAGAUAAAAUUCCAGUUGUGGUAACGAUCUCUAAAUGAGUUCAAUCCCAUUACCACCAAAGUGUUUGUAUGUAAAUAUAUGCCAAAUAGCUAUGCGAAAUUGUUGAGAAAUGUGCAAAGUAAGCACGAAAUUCCAUCAAGUGACAGGAAUUUUUGAAGCAAUAUACACUGUCCCACAUAUGCUUUUCUGUGUUAGUGAUCAGCAGAAUUAUCUAUUUUGUGCUAAGAUUUCAUGAUUUUACAAAGGUAAAAUUACAUUAAUGAUAAUAUUUUGACAAUUAGGCCUAACCUUGAUUCAAAAGACUUUCUCAUGAAAUAAUUGUUCGCUGCAACUACUGUCUUUUACCUUUAAAAUGAAACUUUAAACCACUAAUUCACAUGAUCUUUUAGCCUGUUCUCUUUUCCUUUCUGAUGUGUAAAAUGAUGUAUUGACUGUCCAUGCAUGUAAAUCAAUCUUUUACUUUCCCUGAAAAUUUCAAUUUUUACAAUUUACAUAAUAUAAUAUGUGGGAGAGCUGCUUGCAUGUACCCUACAUUUGUAUAUUCUUUUUAAAAGAUUGUAAAUCUGGUAUUCAUUGGUAAUUUUUGUCAAAAGUUCAUUGAAAUUUUCCUGUUUAUUUGCUGGCUUUAUUUGAGCCAACUUGAUGCCAGGAUGAACUGUAUAUUUUAAGUUGGACUUACUUAUGAAAAGUUGUACUUAAGUCAAGAAAGGGUAUAAUCAAGACUUCUGGUAUCGUCCAGCACCAAAUAAUAUUCAUGAUGGUGAAAAUAGUCAAAUUGACUUGUUGCCAAGUAAUAAUAAGACCCCCCCCCCCCCAAUUAAGAAAGUUUGUUUCAUUUUCCAGGGCCAGUCAUUUUAUUCACCUUCAUUUAUCUUUUCACCUUGACACAAACAGAAGUAUUCUUUUAUGUAUGAUUGGACGUACGUUUAUUUAAUUGUAAUUUUUGUAAUGGAGCAUUAUUGCAUGGUAUUUAUUGAUAGGAGAAGUUUGUACACGUAUGUGAACAUGAUCAGUCGGUGAAUUGAUUUUGGAUUUAAAAAUGAUUGUAGAAAUUAAAAAAUUGAUGAAUAUUCAAGUGUAGACACUGAUACCAUUAAAGUUCGAAAUUGUUCUAGAAUCGUAA